CUCUCCUCCCUUCCCUGUCUAUCCUCCCAUGACCCGGGGAUCCCAGAAUGCACAGCUCCUUCCUCCUCACAGGGUGACAGCAAUGAACAUGGCGGGAUGAGAACGACCCCAACGACCAUCCAACCUGAUGAAGAGGGACUGAACCAGUCCGCACCAGUUCAUGAGGCAUACUAUCUCAAUACUGGGAGAGGGCGUCGCUGGAGCCCCAGUCCAGUCCAGGAGCCACCCAGGGGUGCCACGAGUACCCAGCCCUCUGCAGAGAGUUUGAAGCCCAGCGAGAGCUUAGGCCAGAUGGAGGACAGUGAAGAAGACAGCGAGCAAGAGUUGGGCCAGGAGGACCUGCUUGGGGCCUCCUGGGAUGAGCUCUCUAUCCUGGAGAGGCUGGGACUCAACAGUGCAGAGAUGACGGAGGAUGAGGUGGAGGGGGCCUUCUCUCAGCUGGCCCUGGCUUUCCGCUGUGACCAGUACACCCUGAAGAAGAGACUCCUGGCGGAGGAGCACGCCCGGAACCUGGCCGAGGAGAAUGUUCAUCUGGAGCUGGAGAGGGGCAAGGAGCUCCUGCAGUCCCUGAAGGCGCUGUGCUUGGACAGCAAGCGCAGUAAGAUGCUGCAGAGGCUGGAGCUGUGUCUGAGUAUCCUGGGCGGGACGGUGGAACGCAUCGCCAACACAGCCGAGCUGCUGGGCGCUGUGCACCAGGAGGCUCGUGUGAGCCGGGCGGUGGAGCUGAUGGUGGCCCACGUGGAGAACCUGAAAUGGCAGCACAUUCGGGACAGGGCUGAGCUGGAGGAGACCAGGAAGCAGCUGCAGAGGAGCAGUCGCAGCCGGCAACUAAGCGAUCCCAGAGAUGAGAGUGAAAUGAGACAGAAGCGCUCUAAAACAGCUCAGCAGGUGUCUCGGCGUCGAAUCAGCAUAGCCGUGAUUUCCAAACAGCCCAAGGUCCAGGGGACAGAGUUGAGGAUGCUGGACGAUAUCAAGUCCAUGACAGCAGCCCCCAGCCAGCUUCCCCUGGAGAGAGGAGCCCUGGAUGGAUGGCAACAUGUAUCCACGAAAGAGGACCUAUCAAGCAGUGGUCCCCUCCAGACACCAAUUGAGAUGUCCCCCAUUUGUCAAGCAAUACAUCCCACACCCAGCCCAGAAGAGAGAGGAGACCCCUUAUACCUCCAUAGUCCCCAGGAUCCCGUGCGGCAGAGGCGGGGACAGAACAGAGAGCGGGAGGACUCAAACGCGGAGGAGGCGGAGAAAGAGGCGGAGCCACCGGGUGAUCAGGAGCCCAAUAGCUGCGAUGCCUGUGCUGAUAACUUGUGCACCCUCGUGUCUGCACAGCGCCCCCUGCCUCCCUGGCUGUCUCAGUGCCACCUGAUUCUCUUCUGGCUUUAUGUCGUGACCAUUUCCUUCAUGAUUCUCCUGGCGAUUGUUGUAUGGUGUAUGAGAGGCCUUCUCUUCUGAAUAUGACAUUCAUCUGCUCUAGGCUGGACACCAUUGAUCGAACACAUACUGACAUCCAUGUAAUCUGUCAAAGUACAUCAUCUCAGUCACCUAUUGAUGUAACUGAUAUUAUUUUUAUGUCAAACCAAAAAAUAAUAUAUUCGUUGUCCACCUUAGCUGUGCCUGUUGAAAUAAAACUGGACUGUUCUCUCAAUAUUUAUUCAUAUAAAUUACAUUAUAUACAAUCAUAUAUUGGUAAUUGUAUAUUGGUAAACCAAGGUCAU